GAUAAUAAUAGAUACCAGUGCACGAUAACAAAUUACCAGUUAGAUGAAGGACGCUCCAAUAUUAUCCAAUAUCAUCCUCUGAAGAGUUGUCGAUUAGUAGACACAUAAUGCGGUUAGUUCUUAGUUUUGUCGCCAUUUUGAGCGUUUCAGAAUGUGCAAAAAUCAUGGGAAUUUUUCCAAUGGCCGGCCAAAGUCACUAUAGGGCCGGCUUGGCUAUGAUGAAGAUUUUAGCCGGUAAAGGACACCAUGUGACUAUGGUCAGCCCUUUCCCAACCAAAGACGCACCCAAAAACUGGAAAGAUGUGGUGUUGAAGCCUGAAGAAGGUUCAAAGAUCGACUUCUUCAGCUUCAACCUCCACCCUUACUUCCAAGUCUUCAUCUUCAACUCAAUGGGCCCAGCUCUAGUAAACAUGACGCUGGCACAUCCAGUCUUCAAAGAAUUCAUUAAAACUAAAGAAAAGUUCGACGUGAUAAUCUUGGAGCAAUUCUACAACGACGGUUUGAAAUACAUGGGCACCUAUUUCGACGCACCCUUGAUUUUAUACUCCGCCCAAGAUGCUAACUCUUGGAGCAACCCAAGCGUGAGCAAUCCUGCACCACCUUCCUACGUUGCCGAUCUGGUCUUGCCUUACACCAACGAGAUGAACUUCUUCCAGAGAAUGGACAACGCAGUUCUUUAUCUCAUAACGGAGUGUGUGAGGUAUUUUAUUUCUAUGCCUGCCCUGGAUAAGGUAGUAAAGAGUCACUUCCCUGAAGCUCCAGAUAUUUCCGAGUACUAUAAUAAUGUUUCUUUGGUGCUUCUGAAUGGAGAUUCUAGCGUAAACGAGCCAGUUCCUAAGGUCCCAAGCAUGGUGGAUAUAGGUGGUUUCCAUUUGAGCCCUGCUAAAGCUCUACCUGCAGAUCUGCAGAAGGUGUUGGAUAAUGCCAAAGACGGUGUGGUAUAUUUCAGCAUGGGUUCUAAUAUACGAGGUGCAGAUAUGCCCAAAGAGAAAUUGGAAAUCUUCCUUCGUGUCUUUUCUUCCUUGAAACAGACUGUUCUCUGGAAAUGGGAAGAUGAAGACCUUCCUGGAAAGCCUAAGAACGUUGUUAUCAGAAAAUGGUUGCCACAAAAUGAUAUAUUAGCUCAUAAGAAUGUGAAGUUAUUUAUUACCCAUGGAGGAAUAUUCAGUAUUUUGGAAGCUGUCAAUAAUGGUGUACCUUGUUUAGCUUUUCCUAUAUUCGGAGAUCAAAUGCUGAACGCCAAGAGAGCUACAGCUUUUGGAUACGCUAGAUGGUUGUCUUUCAAAGAUAUAACUGAAGAAUCUCUGAAAUUAGAGGUCGAUGAGAUCCUUUCCAAUUCAAAAUAUAUAGAGAAUGCGAAAAAAAGAUCACAGUUAUUGAAGGACAAACCAGUGUCGGCGCAAGAGCGAUUGGUGUUCUGGGUGGAAUACGUCAUAAGACAUAAAGGAGCUGAUCAUCUCAGGGUAGCAGCAGUCAAACUGAAUUUGAUCCAGUACCUUCUACUUGAUGUUAUAGCCUUUAUUAUAGUUGCGCUAGUAUUAAUAGUUUUUGUUACGAAGUAUGCACUUUGCUAUUUAGUGAAAGCAAUCAGAGGUUCGAAACCAAAAACGAAAACGCAAUGAGAGGCUAGACAUCAAGAAAUGAGGAUCUUGUUCCAGGAAAGUUCAGAUAAAGUGCAAUUGAUAGUGAGAAAUUUAUUGACAAUUGAAAUGACAGAAAAAGAUAUUAAAACAAUGUGAUAAACAAUAUAGAGGAUAAUAAAAGAGAAUAUAAGAUUGAAA